UCUCUCCCUCCUCUCCUCCUCCUCUUCCUCCUCUCCUCCUCCUCUUCCUCCUCUCCCCCUCCUCCCUCCUCUCUCCCUCCUCUCCCUCUCCUGCCACCAUACCGUACCUUCCACCACAUGACUUAAAGUGAACCAUCAUGGAGUCUACCUCUGAGCUUCUGUCAGAGAGAGACAAGCACAGUAGCAAUGGAAUGUACCUUACAACACACCUGUACCAGCUUGUAGUAUGCAGAGAAUCCUACCGUAUUAUGACACAGCUGUAGUAUGUCUAGAAUACUACUGUAGUAAAACUCACCUGUAGUAUGUCUAGAAUACUACUGUAGUAUAACUCACCUGUAGUGUGUCUAGAAUACUACUGUAGUAUAACUCACCUGUAGUGUGUCUAGAGUACUUCUGUGAUCUCUGGAGGGGAGGAGGGGUCACUUGCUCUGUUAUUUAUCCCCUCAAGGUCAUUCCUUUGGGAUUCAGGGGUUCUUCGUUCAAUCUGCCAAUGAUGCAACAAGCUAUAAUCAGUGUUCAUCUGGCGGUCUGGAGUGGGUAUUGUCAGUCAGAGAGAUCUCCAUUCUGCGGCUGUGAGUGCAAUAAAAGAAAGAAGAAGAAGUAGUAGUUGUAGGCGGGAGAUGCUGUCGUUGAAGGUUCGCUCCCUGAAGUCUUGUGUUUGAGGAUUUCGGUUCAUCUGAGCCAGAUGUGGACGUUAUUGCAUCAAAAGGUCAAAGGUUAGGCCUGAAGUGAGAUGUUUUAUUGUCGAACACCUGUACAUUUCAAAUAUUUUCUAUAGGCGUAUCAAGUACCUAUAAUUAUAACUUUUAUGGGGUAAAAAGUCUUCUUGUUAUCGUUUUUUUGGCCUUUUUGCUUGUGCUGUGUAGUUUUUAGAUUAAAAUGUUUUCCUCUGUCAUUAAAUGACCAUCUUUUAUGUAGGCUUAAACCUGGAUUUAGGCCUUUUGGACUCUGAAUGUGUUUUUAUUGUAAAUAUGGUUUGAGGAGACACUGCGAUGAUCUUGUCAUUCAAUGUUUCAGUCUGAUUAAUGAAGCAGUUGUGUUAUUGUUAGGAGACUCCUUUGUUGUCCUCUCCCAGUGAUGAACAACCCAGUGUGCAGUAGGCCUUUGUGUUGUGUAGAACUCCACACAGGAACCCACAAGAUUUAUUUUCUCGGUUUCACCGCUUUAUCAACAUUGAAACUCAAAACCAGGUCAGUUUGAUUUUGAUUAUGGUUAAUCUUAUACAUGUCAGUUUUUGAAAAUCACUUGGUAUGAGAUGAAGGAAAAGUACAAUGUUACAUCACGAGAGGCUAUCUGCUUGUGUUAGUUGGCCCCGUGAAACGCCACAACCUGUCAAGAACCUCACUCUAAAUUAUGACAAAAAUCUCUGCUCACCAAAUCCUGCGUGCACACAGUUCUGUAUCUUGUGGGCUGCUCCUUCUACAGUAUUUACCACAAACGUCUCUGGGUGCUGUGUUGUGGAGUUGACCCACAUUCUGACACACAUCUAAUUUUCCAACGUUCUAGAACACUGACCCUUCACCAGAACCACGACGGUUCUUCUUUGCAUGUUUGGUUCCGUGCCCUGCAGAUGAUCCUGUGCUGUGGUACCAAGCCUCGGCUGGUAUGUCGUGUAUCGCUGUCCCGGUCUGUGCGAAUCCUCUUCUGUGUUGUUUGCCAGCUUAUCUAACUGCUCAAACCACAAACCCCCACGUGGCAACCCGCUAGACCAAAGAGAACUUCUCUGAGGUUGCGAGCACAGGAUACCCCUGUGCUACCCUCAAGGACUUCCUGUUUACCAACAAGGACUUCCUGUUUACCCACUAUAACAUGGGCUGUGGUAUGUGGGUCAGGGUUGUCACAAAGAGAGGGUGAGAGAAUGCCCGCUACCUCACAGUAGACUAGAUGAGGUGUUCACUAUGCUGUUCCUUCACUGUUGCACAGGACGUUCCUUCAGUGUAACGGGGGAAUUUGAACCGUUGACCUCCACUCCAGCGGCUGACAGAUUUGGGGACGUGGGAUAUCUUGGGGGUUGUGUUAUUUGUGCUUCUGCUUGUGCUAACGCUUCUGUGUCCCGCCUUCGCACGAGGGCACACCCCACCGAGGCUGUCUGAAGUCUUCUGAACAGCAUACAAGGUAUUGCAAAACCCUCGGUGACAGUACCAGGAACGCCGAGUAGCGGAACGGUAACCGAUUCCUUCUGGAUAUUUUAAAGGAACUUUGUCGACAUCUUCGGGUCAGCACGUAAAACGUCCUGCGUUCUGAAAUUUCAAAAUUCGGAAACUUUUAUCAUGAUUAUCGGCGGUGGGGUUUCAAAAUAUCUCUUACUCGCGGCGGUGGCACUCACGGCCUAUGUGUGGAGGGACACGUUUGAUGCAGAGUCAGUUCGGGGUGCCAGGGUGUUGGUGACUGGUGCCAGUACGGGCAUCGGGGAACAGGUGGCGUACCAUUAUGCCAGGAUGGGUGCCCAGAUUGUCAUCACUGCCAGAAGAGAACAGUCCCUGAAGACGGUGGCAGACAAGUGCAUUCAGCUGGGUGCCCAGAAGGCCCUGUACGUGACAGGGGACAUGUCUGUGCCUUCUGACCCUGAGAGGGUUCUCCACGAUGCCGUCAACUUGCUGGGAGGGCUGGACUUCCUGGUUCUGAACCACAUCGGGAACACUCCGUUCAGCCUCUGGGAUGGAGAUAGCAACCAUGUCCGUACGGUGAUGCAGGUGAACUUUGUCAGUUAUGUGAGCAUGGCGGCCCGCGCUCUGCCUGUUCUGGAGCAGAGCUCAGGGUCCCUGGUGGUGGUGUCCUCUCUGCUGGGUAAGAUGGCCACCCCCUUCAUGGCGCCCUACUCAGCCACUAAGUUUGCUUUGAACGGCUUCUUCGGUACCCUGCAGCAUGAGCUGGCCAUGCAGCGCAGCAACGCCUCCCUCACCAUCAGCAUCCUGGGCCUCAUCGACACUGACUCGGCCAUGGACAAAGUCAGAGGGCACACCAAUAUGACAGCCUACCCAGCCAGUGAUGCGGCGCUGCACCUGAUCAAGGCCGGGGCCACGCGUCAGACAGAGUCCUACUACCCCGGCUACACCUACCUGGCCUGCAUGACCCGGGACUGGUUCCCCUACUUCAGAGACCUGGUCAUCCAGAACUCUUACACCUACUGACCAGGAGAGGCCUGAGAAACAGCUGGCUGGCUGGUUUACUGACUGGUCGUCUGGUUAGCUGACUGACUGGUCGGCUGGUUUGCUGACUGACAUGUUGGUUUACUGACUGGUUAUCUGGUUGGUUUGCUAGCUGUUCUUUUGACUGUCUAGCUGACUGGUUAACUAAUGGACUGACUAGAUGACGGACUGGUUUACUUGCUGGUUGACUGACUGGGUGGCCCCUCACCUGGUUGCAGGAUGGGGACCGUGAGGCAGUAGUGUCACCCUGAGUGAAAUGAUUUGUCUGACUGUGUUGAUUUCAGUUCUGAUGCGGUGGUGCCCUUUGCACUGCAAGGAAGCACAGGGUUAGGGUGGGAUCUUCAGCAGCAGAGAUAUCUGACCGCUCCCUGCCUCUAGACCUCUGAGGAGGGACUCCAAAGGUCGUCCUUCAUCUCCAGAAUCAUGUAUUUCUCCAAGUUCAGUUUCUCCCCCAGAAUCUUUUGGUACCUCACGAUUCGAUUCUUGGGGUCACAAAUCGAUUCACAAUCGCGUUUUUUAAUCAAAAAUCGAUGUGAAUCGCUAGAAGACUGAAUCGCGACUCAAAUUUGAAUCUAUUUUCCCCCCACCCCUACUGUACACACUUGAGCAUUCCAACUCCAUGUUUUUUUUAAUCAAAGAUACAUCUUCAUGAUGAUCUCCUGUUCUGUGCGUCUGCCAUUUUGUUUGUGAGUGUGUGGGUGUAUCCGACUGAGUGAAACCCUGAGGGUACCAUGACCCUGUGUUAAAUGUACAACAAUGCUUCACCAGAGGUUCAUUGUGCAAAAGCAAUGUGAGGUUUUAUCAGUACUGAGUUAAUAACCGUGCUAUCUUUGCUGCAUCCGUUUCUAAAUGCUUUUCAGCAGAUACACAGCUGAAGAAAAUGACCUUGAUUGUUGCUUUGAGGAAACAAAAUUGUAAUCAUUUUCAUUUACUAUUGAUAUACUCUCUACAUCUAUACAUUUGUUGUGAAUGAACAAAAAGAGACUAAACUGUUUUUGGGUGAUUUGAACGGUAGUCGAUCUCAGUUGCUAUGUUUUAUUUACAUGUUUAUUUAGACAUUUAAACACACACGAGCACAGAGGGAGAGAGAGACUUGUUCCCCAGAGAGAGCUGCACGCAGGUCCAGCAGUGCUGGUCUGUCCCAGAGAGAGCUGCACGCAGGUCCAGCAGUGCUGGUCUGUCCCAGAGAGAGCUGCACGCAGGUCCAGCAGUGCUGGUCUGUCCCAGAGAGAGCUGCACGCAGGUCCAGCAGUGCUGGUCUGUCCCAGAGAGAGCUGCACGCAGGUCCAGCAGUGCUGGUCUGUCCCAGAGAGAGCUGCACGCAGGUCACUCUGGUCUGAAGGCCAGAGCAGAGGCCUAGCGGUAGACUGAGACUUGUUGUUGAUCAAGAUCACCACAACAAAAUCACUAGUCUUCCACGAGGCGACCCACCCAUUCUCUCCAUCCUCGUCCAAUCCAUCGUCUUCUGGCCCUCCUUUAGUCAAUCCUGCCAUCUCUCUCCCUCUCUCUUUCCCUCUCUCUCUCUGCUCACUAUUAAUCUGUCUAUGUCUCUCUCCCUUUCAUCCUUCUGUCCAUCUUCCAUUCAGCCACGUUUUGGUUUCUAAAGCAAAGCGGACAAAGGUCUUUACGUUCAGAGGAAAAAAUAUAAAAAUAAUUAAAGCUCAACUCUUAUGGUGGACUCUGUCCCUCACUCUCUGUCACACACUCACACGCGUCACACAUGCAAUUGCUAACACAUGGCAGGGAAGGAAAGGAGAUGGGAGACAGGGACGGUGGAGAGGAACACAUUUCCAUUACUGACACGUUUUCCUCUUUCUCACUAUGUUCUCUCUCUCUCUCUCUCUCUCUCUCUCUCUCUCGGUGCCUCUUUUCUCUCAGUCUUGCUGUUUUUCUCUCCUCUCCCUGUUUCCCUCUGAAGCCUGUUGACAUUCCAUCCUCCCUUUGUUGUUUUAAUGCCAACCUUUCAGCCCCUCUCAAAAGAGGAGGAGGAGAGGGGAGGGUAAGAGAGGAGAGGAAACAGGGAAGGAAGCAGAGAAGAGAGGCACUAGGAAAGAGGAAAGAAUAUAUGAAGGAGAUUAGGGAGAGGAGAUAUGAAUGAGGAGAUGGAGGAGAGGAGAGAGAGGAGGAGGAGAGGAGAGGGGGAUGGGAACCCCUCUUGAUAAACCAUAGAGGAGAGCAGACCCAAUCCGUCUCCUGGUACUCCUCAUAACCAGGAGAUUUGGAAAUGAAGACUUGGCAGAUAUCAAACAAGAUGGAUCAAGGGUCUGUGUUUGUGUCAUCAACCCAGAGUCAGAGUAACAGAGAGAGAAAUAUGGUGAGACAUAAUCAUUGUCUUCAA